GAUCCCAAGAUACGGAUUUUAGAUGCGCUCUCUGCUAGUGGCCUUAGAGCUAUUCGUUUUGCUAAAGAGGUGCAGGAUGUUUCUAAAGUUAUUGCAAAUGAUUUUUCUGAAAAGGCUGUUGAUAUCAUCAAGAAAAAUAUCGCCCUAAACGGUGUGCAAGAUGUUAUUGAGCCAAAAUGGGGAGAUGCGGUGCGGUGGUUGAUAAUGGUCGGUUCUGCUCGUCGUAGUUUUUAA